GGCUGAACAGUUUUUUGUUUUUGUUUGCUUUUUCUUUUUUUUUUUUGAUGGCAUUGAACAACCGAUUUCAAAAUGCAACUGAUAUACCAUAACCGCCAUAACCAUAACCAACUAUUGUGGAAAAGGGACAGGUGGUGAAGUUGAAGCCCCUUCACCAGCCGGACUCAGCUCAGCUAUCACGACCUGAACUGCCUGAACCACAAGCCCUAAUCCAACCAAGCCAUGGCAGUUGGUGGGGUUGGUGGUGUCCGAGACAGUCCAAUAAAAUGCAUAUUUUUCUGCGAAUUUCACCCAACGGCUGGACCGAAGGUUACCUACCAGGUGCCUAUGAAUUACAUCAGCGAAGAAACUUUCAAUGCUAUCAGCGUGUAUUUGAUACCCAAACCAGAACUUCAACACAAGUUAAUGACAGUUAACAUGUGCGAGAUGAAGGUGGUUGGGUUCCCAGUCGGCAUUGACAGCGACCAGUAUGACCGAAACAGGCUAAUGUUCAACCUCUGCUUUGUCUGCGAUGCCAAGAUGAGAACAAUUCAGUACGAGUCUAUUGUAAGAAAGCUGGCUCACUACCUUAUGACCCUCGAGCAAGAAACGAACUUUAUUCUGGACGAGAAAAAGAAGCGUCAACUCCCCGAAAUCAUGGCGAAAAUUCUGCACGACCUCAACAUUAAAAGAAGCUGCUCAAUACCUAUCAAUGAUUCGACCACAAUAUAUUUAAAACUUACUCCCGUGCACGAUGAUCCAGCUCCAGCUUCUGAUCACGACGUUCCGAUUCUACGCGAGAGUCGACCGGCUUGUGCUCCGGCACAGUGGGAUCUCACUACACAACAGUGGGAUAUUACGGCUACCCAGAUUCUUCCCUACAUAGAUGGUUUUCGACAUGUGGCAAAAAUAGCUGUGGAAGCAGACGUUGAAGUCAGCUUGGUUAAAGAGUGCAUAAGGAAUCUUAUGUAUUACGGCAUUGUGCAGCUUAUCCCCCUGUUUCUCUACUCUGCCGUGUACACUGUAACGCCAGACAUCAUAAAUCUUGCAAAUGAUCCUUCGCUACAACUGGAGUGUAUUUCCUACGUCGCUAGACAAGGUCGUCCUAAACCAACGUUCAGGUCAAUUUUUGAGAUGUACUGCAGUUUCCAUCAAAGGAGCAGCGUACGUGACAUCUGUUCUCGGACCAAUCCGCAAGCAUUAGGAAUCGAUGAACGGAAGCUUGUACAGUUUGGCGUCAUGAAGAACUUGUUGCGCCGCCUGCAGAAGUUUCCGAUCGACUUGAAGUACCCUUCGUCAAAAGCCAAAGGCGUCAGUAGAUACUGUGAUGGAACUCACAGCUUGGAUGAGAUUUGCUCAAAAACAGGGUUGAGCUACAAAGAACUGGAGGACAUUCUUGAUAAGGAUCCUAACAUUUGUGUUUGCUGGAAAUGAGGGUGCAACCAUGGCAUGUUCUGCAAGCCUUGAAGCCCAGGAGCUUCAGAAUGUACAGAACAUCGUUUAAAAGGUAUACCUGCAGUAGUCUAUGUGUCUGCAACAUCACCAUCUGUUAAUUUCCAUCUUUUUAUGUUCUUUGCUUGCUGGAUCAUGUGGCAGCAAUGUGGAACUUGAAAAGUUGUGCUCUGUACAUACAAAGUAAUAUAUAGUAUCACAAUAAAUGACAUGAAGGGUCAUGUUGUAGGAUAC